AUGAAGACCCUGUCACAUGGACGAGUGCUAAAAGCGCUCACUCUGCUGCUUAUCGUAGCUUCGAGUGCCACAGUAGGUCUGGCGGGCAUGUACGGUGAGCAUGUGGUUGAGCUUACCGCGUCCAACUUCGACAAGAUGGUCAUGCAGUCGACCGAAACAUGGUUGGUCAAAUUCUACGCCCCUUGGUGCGGCCAUUGCCAAUCGUCAGCACCUGCAUUCACGAAAGCCGCGAAGAAACUCGACGGCGUGGCCAAAUUGGGAGUCAUCAACUGCGAUGACCACUCUUCACUAGCGCAGCGCUUUGGUGUCAAAGGCUUUCCGACCCUCAAGAUCUUCAAGGGGGAUGGCAGCGCGGCACGCAGACCAUCCGAUUACAACGCGGGACGCUCUGCAAAGGCAUUCGUCGACCAGGUCAAGUACGUCAUGCCGUCAUUCGUCGCGAGGGUUAAGCCUUCCGGACUUGACGCAUUCUUCAAGGAUGAUCACAGGCUUCCCCAUGUACUGCUGUUUACCGAUAAAAGCUCGACAUCACCUUUGUACAAGGGAAUGUCCGCUCGUUUCAAGGGACGUGUUGCUUUUGGCGAAGUCCGCAAAACUGAUGCCGCGGAUCUUGUCAAAAAAUACUCCGUGAAGUCUUAUCCGGCACUGAUUUCCUUCAAGGCUGGAGAGAGCGACCCCGAACAUGCAUCACUGUUCUCUGGGGCCAUGGAUCCAACCUCUUUGCAUAAUUUCUUUGAGAGCGUUGUAGGUAACAAGGACAUCCCACCAGGUGAGCCGGCUGCCGAAAAAGAACCUGCAGAAAAGGUUUUCGCUCAGCCGAAAGCUUACUCAGGCGACGUGUCUAUCAUUAGUGGUACGAAAGCAUACGAGGAACAAUGCGGAUCGAGAAAUGACGGGCGCAUGUGUGGCCUGGCCUUAGUGCCUGGUGGCCGAACACAUACCUUAUUCGGGGACUUGAAGCCAAUUGCAGAGCAGUACCAAUACGAUAACAUGGCAUUCGCCAUACUAGACAGCACCAUAGACGGGGGACGUGACUUCGCAUCGCUGUUUGGCAUCUCUUCUGACGUUGGCGGUUUCAUUGUGAUGCGUGCAAGAAAGAAGAAGUAUGCCGCACUCGAAGCAGAGGAUGGGCCAAGCAAGAGCGCUAUUUCCUCUUUCUUGGAUAGGAUUGUUGGCGGUGACGGAAGGUUUAAGAAGCUCUCUUCAGAGUUGCCGAAGUGGGAAGUUAAAGAACCAGAAAAAGAAGGCGCGGGGGACUCUAAUGAAACUGACAAUGGUGCGAGCGAACCGAAAGACGAGUCUAAUGAGAGUAGCGGGCAGUGUGGCACAGAGCCUCCAAAGGAUGGUAAAUCGUGUGGUGACCCCAAAGAGGAGUUGUAGAGGUGCCGUGGAGGAUGCUUGUAGGUUGCAUUGGACAAAAGACGAUACCUCACUAACAAUUGAUAUUCUGACAUUCUCAAAGAACUGAGCCUCUGGUCGAGUUAUCUCAGGUUCGAUGAGAGCUGUGUUCUCCGGGAUCGCCAGAGCGUUGUAAAGAUUAAAGCGAUUCCUUGAACA